CAUGUUGCUAAGGGCCAGCCCCAGGCGGUUUCUGGAGCACCAUCUUCUCUUUUUGGAGAACGCAGAGCAGCAGCACCCAGCUCGGAAAUCGGUCCCGAAUCCAUCCAUGACUGAGGAACCCUCCGUCCCAGCCGAGCCAGACCUGCCGUCCUCCAACCUUACCAACACGACGGACUGCGGCGAGGAGAUCCUGCUCUAUGGGGACACUGAGAAGAUCGUCAUUGGAGCGGUGCUCUCCAUCAUCAUCCUUAUGACCAUCGCCGGCAACGGUCUGGUCAUCAUCUCUGUGUGCAUCGUCAAGAAGCUCCGGCAGCCCUCCAACUACCUGGUGGUGUCCCUCGCAGCCGCAGACCUGUCAGUGGCCUUCGCUGUCAUGCCCUUCGUGACCAUCACAGACUUGGUGGGGGGAGAAUGGCUCUUUGGGAAAGUUUUUUGCAAUGUCUUCAUCGCCAUGGACGUUAUGUGUUGCACCGCCUCCAUCAUGACCUUGUGCAUCAUCAGUGUGGACAGGUAUCUGGGCAUCACUCGGCCGCUGACGUACCCCGUGAGACAAAAUGGGAAGCUGAUGGCCAAGAUGGUCUUCGUCGUUUGGCUCCUGUCUGCCUCCAUCACUCUUCCUCCUCUUUUUGGCUGGGCCAAGAAUGUGACUGUGGAAAGAGUCUGUCUCAUCAGCCAGGACUUUGGGUACACAGUCUACUCCACGGGGGUUGCCUUCUACAUCCCCAUGGCGGUCAUGCUCGUGAUGUACAGCCGGAUCUACAAAGCUGCCAAGGUCAGCGCCGAGAAGCACCGCUUCAUGAACUUCCCCAAGCACUAUGAAGAGGAGGGCGUCUACUGCCUGGAGGCCUCCAGCCGGAGCCACCACAGCUCCAAGCGUACCAAAGCGGUGGAGGAAUGCGCCACGCUCUCCAAACUGCUCCGGCAAGACCGAAAGAAUAUUUCCAUCUUCAAACGGGAGCAGAAAGCAGCCAGGACCCUCGGCAUUAUUGUGGGGGCUUUUACAUUUUGUUGGCUUCCUUUCUUCCUGAUGUCAACGGCUCGGCCUUUCAUCUGCGGCAUCCGCUGUAGCUGCAUGCCCCUGCGGCUGGAGAGAACUCUGCUCUGGCUGGGAUACACCAACUCCCUCAUCAACCCCUUGAUUUAUGCUUUCUUUAACCGAGACUUGAGGACUACUUUCUGGAACCUCCUGCGGUGCAAGUACAGGAACAUCAACAGGAGGCUCUCCGCUGCCAGCAUGCACGAGGCUCUGAAAGCCACAGAGAGGCAUGAAUGCAUUCUGUAGAGCCACGUCCUCUCGCUCAGUGCCUGA